UGCGUCGUGCGUAUUGGUCUGGUAAAGUCCUCCGGAGCGCGGCGCGCUCUCCUCGCGGUGCGUAAAGACAGCUGUGCCACGCAAUGCGCCGAGAGUACUUUUUCAUAUGUUCACCAGCCUGGCUUCUAUUGCUCCUCGUAGAAAGGAAUCAGCUCAGUUGACGAGAUAUGAUCUAUUUUUAACUUCCAACUCACCAAACGGUCAGACAGAUGCCCGGAAGAUGGACCCGCUGUACAACACCACCGAUUGUAACGGGACGACCGGCUCCGUUAACUGCAGCGACGGCUUCAACCAGUUCGUCCAGCCAGUGUGGCAGAUCACGCUGUGGGCUGUCGCGUAUUGCAGCAUGGUCGCGGUGUCUGUGGUUGGAAACAUGGUGGUUAUCUGGAUUAUUCUGGCGCACAAAUGCAUGAGGACCGUCACCAAUUACUUUCUGGUCAACCUGGCCUUAGCUGAGGCUGCCAUGUCUGCAUUCAACACAGUGAUCAACUUUGUGUAUGCUGUUCACAACGAGUGGUACUUUGGUUUGGUUUACUGCCGCUUCCACAACUUCUUCCCCAUUGCAGCCAUAUUUGCCAGCAUUUACUCCAUGACGGCCAUCGCUCUGGACAGAUACAUGGCUAUCAUCCACCCCCUGAAGCAGAGGAUGUCUUCCACACAGACCCGUGUGGUGAUUGGUGUGAUCUGGACCCUGGCUCUGCUUCUAGCCUUCCCUCAGUACUACUACUCAUCUACCGCCCUGCUGCCCGGACGCUCCGUCUGCUACAUAGACUGGCCUGAGUACUCCACUCUGGACUUCAAGAAGAUAUACUACGUGUGUGUGACACUGCUCAUCUACUUCCUGCCCCUGUGCGUUAUGGGCUGCGCAUACACAACCGUAGGUGUCACCCUCUGGGCGAGUGAGAUUCCCGGAAACUCGUCCGAACACUACAAACAACAGCUCAUUGCCAAACGCAAGGUGGUGAAGAUGAUGAUCGUGGUGGUGUGUACGUUCGCUGUCUGCUGGCUGCCCUAUCACAUCUACUUCUUACUGCACCAGUUCUUCCCGGAGCUGUUCGAGCAGCGCUACAUCCAGCAGGUGUACCUUGCCGUCAUGUGGCUGGCCAUGAGCUCCACCAUGUACAACCCGAUCAUCUACUGCUGCCUCAACAGAAGGUUUAGAGCAGGUUUCCACCAGGCGUUUUGCUGCUGCAACCCCACCAUCAUCAAGGAGGAGCUAGAGCUCAAGUCACCUCGUUACCUGCAAGCACAGGCGAGCAUAUACCGAGCCAGCAGGAUGGAGACAGUUGUCUCCGUUGCAGACCACCCUGCAGCAGAGGAUCAGAAGAGGGCAGAGCUGCUCUGUGCCUCUCUCACCCCGCCUCACCUGGGGGUCACAACCAAUGGCUCAGGCCCCGAGAUGUUGACCGCAUGAGUCCUCAUAGUCCCUCGCAGCAGAGCAGACACCUCGAAGAGUGAUGUGCUGCAGUGCAGAAACAAAGUGCUGCCAUGUGGUUAAAACCUGUCACUGCAUGGGACAGUCAUGAUCAGAUGGCAAAGAAAUCUGCACUUGAUCUGGUCCAUUAUUGAUAUUUUGUUCGAGCCGUUUUGCCAAGUGCAUGAAUACCCAGUGGACUACAAACACUGCAGUACAUAUCACACUGGGUCUUUUCAUCGGUCAGCACGAGUGCGGCGUCGUCACUUGACCCCACAGCAUUCUCGGGCUGCCUUUGGAGUGAGACCUUCGGCUUCCCCUGGCAAUGGCGCCACGUCAACUUCUGUCUGUGGCGACGUGAUUGUGUUGUGUGGAAAUAGGGAGGUCAGCGUCAGAGCGUGUGCGUGGAAAUCUAGCACCUGUUGGACGGGAUUAGCCCCCUUGUUUUGACAAUGUGUAGAGCGGGGUACAGCCACAGCAGCUAAAUAUACAGGACGGAGCAGCAGACAGGGAGACACAUAGGGAAGGAUUGAUAAAGUGGGGGAGAGGAAAAGAAAGGAUAGGAAAACAUGUGGAGCUACACUGCCAGUGAACCAUCUGUGUGCUCUCUUUACAGGCUAAAGACUGGGGGUUUUGAUUUGUCACUGGUGAGGAAGGAACGAUGCUAUUUCAGCCUCGGAGACAACAGCUGCACAACACUGGUCAAAGAAUGGCCACGUAGGGUUUACUGAACUUUACCAACUCUCUUUCUCAUUAUGUGAGCGGGGACCAAAUAUUUUAUAUCCUGUGGUACAAGGAUGCCUCGCUAUUUAUGGAUUAAUUUCAAUAAUCUGCAAAUGAUCCAUGUAUUGUAUUUGUUGUUAGAGCCAAUUGGUUUGUAUUUAUAUGGGUUUUAAAUUGGACUGGAACAACAUGUUGAUUACACGGAUAAGUUGAUUUGCAUGGAGUACUUGACUCCAAUCAUCAGGGAUUCUUAAAACAUUAAAGGAAGACACUGAAAAUAAUGGUGCUCUGUAAACUUUUUGAAACUGAUAUGUCUGACAGCAGCUCAAGCGCGUUGCUCAAUGUGAACUCCUACUGCUGCAAGGGUUCUGGAAAUGUAUGGUCCUUGUCCCCCUGAAGCAAACAAAUAAUGUUGCUUUAAGCUUUUUUUGCAACAGUCCCCUUCAUAUAAAGUCUCCUGUGGUGCUGCAUUUGACCUGCUGCAACUGAUGAUGUCACCAAUUUGCCAAAAUCUCCUCAAGGUUCAUGUGGGCAAAUAAGACAAUCAGAAGGCUAAAGAAUACUUUUUUUAAUUUGCACGGUUUUAUGUUAACAUUUGUUUGUAGUUUAUAACAAUCAUGGCUAAAACCUAUUAUUUCAAAUUGUUUUUAAUUUCAGGGAAUGUUACGAUAUCUCAUGCCCCCCCAGGUAGUCCCUCUUGGUUUGGGAGUCACUGCUGUAGUGCAGAUCCUAAUGGCUCUUGUUGGUAAAGCCUUUUUUGGGGGGGCACAUUUACGAGCUGUAAGUAGUUUGGUUAUGUGUAUAUUUACCAAUAAAACAAAGUGAAGGAGAUUUCACAGUGUAUGUAACUUUUAGCAGAACUUUUAGCAGAUCAAUAAUAUUAAAUGACGUGUAUCUCCAUUUACAAAGUGAUCGAUAUUGAACACUAUCUACAGCGACUACAGACUUGAGUAAACCACACAUUUCUUAGUCAGCCCUCUACUUUAAAAUUGUAGCUUCUGAGAUGGAUAGCAUCUCCAUGAUUUUGUCUUUAAACUUCCUGAAUCCAUCCUGAAAGGAUCGCUGCCUAGAAAUAAAAUUGCUGCGACUCUGCUGCCUUGGUCAAGGAUUCUGACUUGUGUUUAAAGAUGCAUACUCUGAUUGAGUUGUCAACACACACUAGUUUAUAUAUUGAUUUGGUGGUUAUGCAGAUAAGCCUGUUAAUAAAAUUCACCUCAUAAAUCAUGACAUAUUUCUUUCAUUAGAUGAUGAAGUGAAUCAGCUGAUUCUAACUAUAAAAAGUGUUGGUAAUGAUAUUGGUGAUCCUUGUCGUGGGAUCACUUUGUAUUGCAUCUUAUCAGAGAGCUGGAAAUCUGUUGCCAUAGAAACAGCUACUGAAACUCACAGUGCUACCAGAAGUAAUCUGAUAACGUCUUGUCAGGUCACAUGACCUCCUCAUAACAUGGACGUGUUUCCAGCUUUGACCAAAAUGUCCAGUCGGCUGUUUCGACUGUGCUGGUUCUCCUGUGUGCUGUGUGCACACCUCAAGGCUUCCACCAUGAGGUUUGUCAGGAACGUUAGUGAACCAAGCCUUCAGCCACAUCUGAACAUGCUGUAUGAUGGGAGACACUUUUUCAGAGAGUGUGACAUGUGCCUUGCCCGUGUGCAGAGUAGUACUGGUCCCAGUGUGCAGCUUAGGCGGAUAAUUGACUGUUAAAUGAACAUCUGGUCAAAAAGAGGAAUGUGAUGGUAACACUGACUGACCGCAUGAUGCCUGUGGUGCCAAGUGCCACUGACAAGGACUCAUUUUAGAACAAAUCAAACCAGAACGUCACUCUGUAGAGCACAUACCUCUGCCAAGGCUCAGCAGUCCCCUUCAAUCAAGCUGCAACAGAUUUCACACGCUCAUGUUAGUCAGCUUUAUAUGUUUGUUUUUAUAUAUAUAUAUAUACUUGAAUUCCUUCCUCAAAAAUUCCUGGAUCUGUCUAUUUACCUCUUGGUCGAUGUCCUGUCCUUCCACUGAGUUUUGUGAGAAUCUGUUCUAUAGUUUUUGCAUAAAUCACCUGACGACAAACACACACACACACAUAUAAAAAUAAAUUGUUGCCGUUAAGGAGUCACCAACAUAUUUUUGGGAGACAAUUACUAUGUAGAACCUCUGCUUUACUUGAAUGUAACAUUUUGUGCUUCUUUAUAUUUUUUACUUAACUACAUAUAUAUGAUUUUGACAUGUGACUCAA